AUGGAAGAUCUUUAUUUCUGGAAGAAGCAUAGCGGUCCAUCAGCAGAUAAAUACAGAAUCAGAAGUGCUCUAGCGGAGUACUGCCUCUCUCAUCUGAAAACUCACGCAUUCAUCAUUAAGACCAACUUUUUCCCAGAGAAAACUACGUUUUGUUCUGGAAAGCAAUGCGAUGAUUUCGAUUCCAGUAUUUUCUAUUCCCUCAAUAAAAACCGUCGAUGGGAGGCUGAAGAUUCAAUUGGAGCUGAUUUGCUUAGUGAUCUGAAAAAAUUGAAUCCCGAUUGGAUUGUAAUGUUCGAAGAAAGAGUUACUUCUAGAUCUGGUUCAUCUGAAAUCUUUUUUUAUGGACCACGAGCACACAACUUUAAAGGUUUUUAUCCAAUAAAGAGGAUCCACUAUUUGAACGACAAUGACGAAUAUAUUCUGAAGUCUGUGAAUUCGAUUCUUGGACAGUCAUAUCAUAAUUAUCUAAGCAAAGAUCAGGAUGAAAAAGAUCCCGAGCCAUCUAGGCCAGUAGCUUCUUACAUUAUUCUGAGAGCUCCAAAAAACUAUUUGGUAUUCUUUAAAAAGUCAUUUCAAAGCAGCAACUACUGGGGACAUAACUGGCCACGACCUGGUUAUUGGAAUCGUCUAAAUCGUGGAAAAGAUAGAUCAAUUGAUUUGAGACACGAAGAAUUCGAAGAUGUGGAUGAGGACUUCGAAGAGGAAGUAGAAGAGGAAGUAGCAGAAGAAUUGAAAAUUGGAUCUCGGCCGAAGUUUUUUUAUGUCCACAAGCCAGACUUUCCUCCGCUAGAAAUUGAACCAGAUGAUUAUUGGAAGUUAGAAGACCCUGAAAAAGAUGAUGACACGAUUUACUCUUAUUCCAUUGAUGUGGAGGAUUCGAGAGUUUCGAAGUUCAAAAAACAACUGAAAUCGGAAAAGCUGCUUCCAACUCUUUACGAUGAGAAAUACGACAAUUAUAUGAAAGAGCUGAAGCAAGUGUUACUCGGAUUCGAUUGGAAACAACACCAACAUUUUUUGAAUACGUUCAAGCAGUACAGAACUGAAAUCGAAGGACUCAAAAUUCAUUUUCUUCGUGUCUCAACUCCAUUUAAAGACAAAAAGACACGAGUGGUUCCCUUGUUGAUAAUUCAUGGAUUCCCAGGAAGUUUUUGGGAUUUUUUCAAGAUCAUCCCGAUCCUUACGAAUCCAUCUCGCCAUGGGUUUGACUUCGGAGUAGAUGAACCCAUUCAGUUUGAUGUGAUUGUCCCCAGUCUUCCUGGUUUUCUCUUCUCCGAUAAACCAACAAAACAAGGAUUCGACGGUAUUGCAACUGCCAGAAUUUUGGGCAAACUUAUGCACCGUCUGGAUUUGAACGACUACUUUGUGCAUGGAACAGAAGGAUACGGUGGUGACGUGGCAACUCUUCUGGCUUCUCUGUUUCCAACAAGGAUUGCUGGAUUACAUGUAUCGAAUCCUUUCGUUAGACCUACAUUCUCGACAUUUACUUUUGCGAAAUAUGCAUGGAAAGCCAUGAAACAAGAUGAUAAGAAGGAAGGAGCAGAAGAAGUGGAAUUAUAUACAGAUAUGGCAGAUUACUUCAAACAGGACAAGUUUACAUAUCCAACGAAUGCAAAAGCUUUUGACGCCGCCUUUGUAAACUCUCCAACUGGAACUGCACAAUAUAUAGAAUCUCGAUGGAAGCAACUUUCAACAUUCUCAGCAAAUACGAAUUUGAAUGAAAUCUUCACUCUUGAUGAGAUCGCUACGGAAAUCUAUCUCUACUGGUUUACGGAAACUCUUCCAACUGCCCUUACUAUUCUGGAUAACAGCUAUAAUUAUGAGACUGUUUGGCUGAGUUCCCAAGCUAGAAUUCCAACUGCUGUGAGCUACACAAAACAAACACCAUGGAGGUGUUCUAAAGAUAUUUUGGAGGAUAGAUAUCUGAAUUUAACAAGAGUCACCGAUCUUCCGAAAGGUGGAUUAUUCCAUCAUCUUCAAGAUGGACACAAAAUCGCAGAAGAUAUUUUUGCAUUUGUGGAACUUCAAUUAUUACAAAAACAAAACUAA